UCACCAAUAAUUUUGCCUUCGACGAAACUUCCACAACCAUUCACAUUCUCAUUCACGCUUACCCUCGCUCUUUCAAAAAUAGUACAAUCGCAAACUUCAUUAUCACCGAUUUAUUUGGUCAGUCUUGACAACAACUUAAAAACAGCUUGGAGACAUCCGACUUGAUCACAGUUCAGAUCACGAUUUCGUCACACCACUCUAACUAAGGAAGCAUUCUAGAGUAGUACUCUGAGAACCAUUUUCGGAUUCUUCACAAUGAGUUCGAGCAAGCAGUAUCUUCCAACACGACCUAAGAGACAGGACAAGGCAAAAAUGAAGGAGGAUAUUGUCGACGAGGCUCAUCCCGAUGAAACCUAGAAGAGUUCAUCGAGUCCAGUCAAACGUCGAAAAGAAACAAAGGACGAUGGCUAUGAUGAGAGUGAACCUUCACCUUCUAGGGAGCCAGAUUGUGAUGAGACGCCUAAGAAACGCAGGAAGGUCAGCAACGCAGAAUGCCAACAGUGGAUGGCCGGUCUCUACGACGACAAGACUGCAAACGCCGCUACCUUUUAUGGAAAAUCAGGACAGCGAUCAACAGUUGAGCAGGAUUCAUCAUUAGAUGCUGUACGCGAUUCGGGACGUGUUAGUCACAACUCGAAUCGUUCAUCCCGUACUGCAGAAUCCGAGGUAAGCGUGGCUUCAAGCAACAACAUGCUACAAAAGCUCAUACGUGAACGAGAACGACGUGAAUAUCGUCAGCAGUUCGCACACCCUGGGCCUGCUCCUCCUGCUCCUCGUCCUCACUAUCUUCCUAACCCCGACCCUAAUCCGCAACCUCAGCAUCAGCCGUGGCCUCAGCUUCCACCUCACCAUCUCUACUCACCAGAGCGACCCAGGCUGGUUUAUAUGGAUAUCAGUCAAGGUUAUCCAAUUCCAGUCUCGAAUUUACCACCUAAUUACAGGUCAAAUGUGGCUCCUGUAGCUUAUCAUCCGCUCUUUGAUCUUCCUCCUCCUCGCGGACACCCUAUGCCCCCACUCUUUUAUACGGCCCCUAUAGCUCCGGCGGCGCAUCAGAAUAGCUAUUCCUCUACUCCUCCUCGCGCUCCAGGAGCUAGUAAUAUAAGAAGGGCCCGGGCUAAUCAAGACAACAAGAAACCUACCGCUGAGAGCAAGUAGACCAAUUGACUGGGAUGAAGGUUCACCACCCAGGAACCUUGGGAGUUAGAACUUUCGGUCUGAUUUAAUCAAAGCAUAGGUGUCCCGCCGACGUCAUGUUAUGCAAGGCGCAUGAGUGCAUAGGGCCUUGGAAGGAUUUCUCUGAGGUGGAUAUUUUCUUUGUGUCGCAAUCUGAUAAAAUCGCCGUAAUUGUCCUAAUUAGUGCUUUACCUUUUCCACCAAUGAGAGCUAACCCCAAGCUCUCCAGGCUUCGGCAAGUUAUCCAAUAGGAGUUAUCUAAUAGCUAAUAGCGGGAUUCAUACCCGUGGUAGCAGACUGGUAAAGCGCGGGGAGUUGCUAAGUUGAGAACGCCGAUCGACCUCCGGGUUGUAGCGGGUUAAAUACAGCCGAGAGCUGGAGAGCUGGAGCUCUCUCAAUUCAAUGAUUUCCUUUUUA